CUCCCAAAGAGAGAACAACUAGUUCGGAAAAAGGGGGGUUUCACAGCUGAGAUUUGGGGCUCCCAGCGGCGUCAUGCAGAGAGGAUCACUGUCUCGCUCACACUUUCUAACUAGCCAUUUCACAACAUCCAGACAGCGGAUCGGGCCGUACGCAGCAGCAGCAGCAGCAGCAGCAGCAGCAGCUUUGCCCUCAGGGCUUUUUUCUCCCCGACGUCGACCAUAGCUAACAAUUUGGAUUCAACGCGCGGAUGAGGGCAAUUACUGGACUUAAUCUAUCAUAAUGUCUCCUUUCCGAUCGACCGAUAGUCAAAUGAGUUAAGCAAUGGCUGCAGAGAUCUGAGUCCCCCCGGGUGCGAGAAGUGGCUGUUUAAAUGAAUCCCAACUAAAAAGAAAAAAAGCAUUUUCAUUUCACCGAGAAGCAGAUCGGUGGACACCAUGCGUAGAUUGGCGGAUUUAACACUCAGAAAGCUACUGAGUGCGUUUGAUUUCGGAUUACAGUGACACACAGGACGAGUUUCUUUUAAGGGGGAGAUUUUUUAGGAGUCUGCUUCCUCUCACUCCUGUUCGCUGUCCUCCGGGUUCCUGCAGGACUCCCAGAGUCGCGGAGAGCCCAUGCAGCCGCCAAGGGAGAGGAGUGAAGUGCGACCCCGAGCUGGAUGGAUGGUUAUGGGGAAAAGAGGAAGACCCUCGGCGCUAGACGUGUGCAGAGUCCUCGCGGUGUUUCUCUCACUCUUCCCCUCCGUGAGUCUGCAGUGCAAGAUCCUCAAGUGUAACUCCGAAUUUUGGGCCUCCACCUCGAACUCUGGACCGGAGGAGGAGUUUUGCACAGCGCUGCGAGCGUACAACAGCUGUGUACGUCGGACCGCACGAACCUGCAGGGGGGACUUGGCGUACCACUCCGCCCAGCAUGGCAUAGAGGAUCUAAUGAGCCAACACAACUGCUCCAAGGAGGGGCCGACAUCCCAACCACGUGCCCGCACCCCACUUCCUCCUCCAUCCCCGCCACUCCUGCCUGACAGUCAGGAGCGCUCCGAUGGCCCGGAAGUGUGCCAAUAUGAGCGCAGUCUUUCACGCAACACCGCGCCGCCCAACUACACUCACUGUGGCUUCUUUGGAGACCCACACCUUAGAACAUUUGGUGACGACUUCCAGACGUGUAAGGUGGAAGGAGCCUGGCCGCUCAUCCACAACAAAUACCUGUCUGUCCAGGUGACCAACACUCCGGUGGUGCCAGGGUCUCUGGCCACCGCCACGAGCAAGCUGACAAUCAUCUUUAAGAAUUUCCAGGAAUGUGUGGAUCAGAAGAUGUACCACGCAGAGACAGAUGAGCUGCCAGCUGCAUUUGCAGAUGGCUCCAAGAACGGAGGGGAUCGGCACGGAGCGAACACACUGCGCGUGGUGGAGAAGGUUCCUGGGCAGCAUGUGGAGAUUCAGGCCAGGUACAUUGGAACAACCAUAGUGGUCCGGCAGGUAGGCCGCUACCUGACCUUUGCUGUGCGGAUGCCUGAGGAAGUUGUGAACUCUGUGGAGGAAGGUGAUAACCAGGACUUGUACCUGUGUCUUCACGGCUGUCCUGCCAACCAACGCAUCGACUUCAGGAACUUCAAGGCUCGAGCAGCGGAGGCCCAGAUCGCAGGCAGGACAAGGAGCGGCACCGCGGCACAUGGCUUUACCUACCAGUCCGCUAAGGUCAAGUGCAGAGAGCGGCUCCCAGUGGAGGACCUGUACUUUCAGUCCUGUGUGUUUGAUCUCCUCUCCUCUGGAGACAUAAACUUCACCAUGGCAGCCUACUACGCCUUUGAGGAUGUAAAAAUGCUCCACUCAAACAGUAACAGACAUCACAUCUUUGAAAAGGAUGCUUUUAUGAAUAAUGCAGCACAGAGGGGCAAAGAUUUUCUUUCACUCCUCUUCCUCAAUGUCCUUGCUGUCUUGUUGUGGAUUGAGUGUUGCACAGUUCAUCUAUAGUCCCUUUUACAACAGUAUCCUCAUGGUGUAUCUGUCGGUGAGUUUUAGAGUACCAUCGCUGUGUCGUACAUCGGCUCCUCUCUUCUGCUCUGGUUCUGUGAUGUGACCGGUGGCUUGCCAGUACGGUCAUCCAAGCCCUGAGUCUCAUUUUAGUAUUGUCAUGUCUUGACUUCAGUCUAAUGACAAGACGAGGUCCCCGUGCUCCCACCUAUCAUCACAUGUAUUUAGCUUCUUCAUAGGACUGGUCUUUGAUGAGAGCAGCGGUGAGAGAGCCCAGCUACUCCAGAGCUCAGGAUAUCCACCUGGGAUUAAAUCCCACAUUCUCACCGGGCCUGCAUGCCUAUGGGAAGCCGGACAAGAUGAUCUUUUGCAGAAAGAAGAGUUUGCUGAUCCUCCCUCCCCUGAUCCACUCAUUGGUGCCAAGCCAGUGAAGCCCUCCGUGGCUCAUGUGGCGAAGCGAGAGGACCUGACAGGGGCUUUUGUUAACCUAAGGCCAGAAGCAGCUCUAUGUUUGAUUAGUUUCCAGCUUUGGAAAAGCCUGAGCCUUUUGGAGGAAGCACUCAGCCAAAAGGAUGUCAGAGCAGCGUCUCCAGUUGUCUGCUGUGGAGAUUAAUGGGUCAUAUUGUUAGGUUGUGUGUGUGUGUGUGUGUGUGUGUGUGUGUGUGUGUGUGUGUGUGUGUGUGUGUGUGUGUGCCUGUGUGUACAUUAGUACAAUAUGUGUGCAGAAUUCAUCAUCUGUGGUUGAUUAUGUGUGUUUGUGGGUGCCGGAGUCCAGAAAUGAGAUAACAAACCUCCAGUGGGAGACAUCUUUCCCAUGUCUUUCUGUUGCACCCAAAAUGUCAGAAAUAGAAAAGACGAGGCGCUCCACAGUCUGUCAAAAUGGCCUCUAUCAGCCAAGUAGCAAAUUCCAAAAGGGAACUGAUAAAAAAAAUAAUCUUGUUUCGUUUUCAGUGUCAUACAGCCUUUCACUCCAUUGUUUGAGCUGACAUGUUGAUCAGACAGUGUGUUGUAUUUUACAUCUGUAAUGUGAAUGUAGCUAAAGCAAAAGAACGUUAUGGGCACUCAAAGCGUUUACAGACAGUAGAUUAGCCAAUCAAACUAAGACACCUCUUUGAUAGCAUUUUGUGAAUUUAACCCUCCAUUUCAAGUCUCAGUGGUGUAGUUACUAGCUGUAAAGACGUCACCUCUAGUCAGUUUAGCAUUUUAUAGACUACCAGUGUGCUGACCUGACUGUGGCUUCAUGCGUAAAUGAUAAGCAUAUGUCUGUAGACGUGAUUUCAUGGCUUAAGUCAUUGCCAAAGAACAAGCCCUUGUGCCAACAUUUCCCUCACAACUGAAUUUCCAUCAUUCAGUCUUAAACAAUUCACAUUAGGGGGGUUCUUAACUGUAUAUAAAUCGUGUUUGUAGGUGAUUUGCAGUACAGUAACACACUGUAAAAGCCGCUUUAGUUUCCAUUUUAGCAGUCUCACCUUUUGCUUUUCUUGUGUUUCAUGAUAACACUUUCCAUUUGAACUUUGGCUCUAAACUACAGUAUCUGGUAAUGUGUAAGUUAUCCCUGUAGAUACAGUUACUACUCGGGCUCAGUUUAACGGUCAUAUAUCCUUUACACUGAAGUAUUCGGCAGGCCUUACUACUGCUAUUUGGAACAUGUAUUGGUGCAGUUUGACUACAAAUAAUCAUACACAUGAUUGUAAUGUUGAAUCUUGUGUUAAUAGAUGUAAUUUGUGUUGUGAGUUUUGCAGUAUAUGGUUCUACAAGUGAAAUGUGAGAUUGUACAUGUUUUGUGAGUUACAAUUUGUAUAUUACCAGUUGUGUUUUGAAUUUAUCACUCCUGUUUUUGUACAUCAGAUGUUUUGGUGAAUGUGAACCUUUUUUUAUUUGAAAUGGGAUUGUUGCAAAAAUAUGAACACCACAGAACAAAAUAUUCUUUACUGUAUAUAAAGUAUACCCACCUAGUGUUGAAGUGGAGGAAGUGAUAAAAUGCUGGUUGUCAUCACUUUAUAUAAAACAUGCUGAAAGCAGUCCACCUUAUCUUGAAAGGGAAUGUAGGAACAUGUUCUGGGGCGUUCAUGUUUUUGAAUUUAAAGCACUUUAUGUUUUCUUUUACAGUUAGCUCUUAUUUUGUUUGAAAUUCUAUGUCAGACUUGUAAUGGUAGAAAAGAGUUUAAAAAAGUAGCUGAAUGGGAAAUGCCAGAAAAAUUGAACUGUGUUUGUAUGUAAAGCAAAUGUGGUGCCACAUGCCAGCUGUUUAUAAUGUAAAUUAUUUAUUGAAUAAAAGAAAAUGUCUUGUUAA